AUGAGCAGAUCGCACUCUCCUCUCGGCACCAAGCUGGAUGCCCCUGAUGGAGAGAAGCAGCGCACACAUUCUGUCGACGCUCGUGCUGAGCUCGGCGACGACCGCAGACACACUCACCACGACAUUCCCGACCACGGCCAUAAUCCAUCUGCGCAGAAGGGAGUCGACGAGAACCCGGACCUAACUUUGCACUACUCGCACGAGCAUCAACACACACACCUGCACCACGGACGUCCCUCUCUUGCCGGUCGCCAUGAUGAUGUGCUGUACGCCGAAGGAACGACAUUCGACCGGUCGAACCUCAACGACCCCGGUCCGCAAGACUACAGUCAACAUCAUCUGCGAGGUGAGCGGGCGGACCAGAAGGACUUUGUCACAACGGAUGCAGAAAAGGGGGCCUUGGGCCCGGCUCCCGUCGAGACCAACAGCUCCGAGGAGGAAGGCAAGCAGCAUCGCCUGCCGAGGGUCUAUUCCAAGUACAAGAUCUUCGUGCAUCUUUUCAUCUGGCUGCUGUUCACCGGAUGGUGGAUAGCUGGCUUGGUCAUGCAUCGCCAUGAUCUCGGCUGGCUGAUUCCCUUCCUCCUGUAUCUGGCCAUCACGUUACGGCUCAUCUUUUUCUGGGUUCCGAUCACCAUUGUCACCAAGCCCAUGCACUUGAUCUGGAACCAUACUGGCGUCAGAGUCUAUCAAAUGACCCCUGAAAAGUUCCGCCUUCCUCUUGCGGCUCUGGUGGCCAUUGCUGUUAUCCUCAUCGGCUCAUUUGUCUCCAAAGAGUCGGCAGACAACACUCGCGGCAACCGUGCGAUCUCGCUCCUCGGUCUAGCGCUGAUGAUUGUGCUGCUUUGGGCGACUUCACGAGACCGCCGCAAGAUCCGAUGGCACACCGUCAUCGGGGGCAUGUUGACGCAGUUUGUUAUUGCAGUCUUCGUGCUCCGGACCAAGGCUGGCUACGACAUCUUCAACUUCAUCUCCUUUUUGGCUCGAGAAUUGCUGGGCUUUGCCGACCAAGGCACUGCAUUCUUGACAGCCACGUCCGUGACGGAACUUGGCUGGUUCUUGACCGGAGUUGUGCCUCCCAUCAUUUUCUUCGUGGCCCUUGUGCAGGUUCUGUACUAUCUCGGCAUUCUGCAAUGGUUCAUUGGCAAAUUCGCCGUGUUCUUCUUCUGGAGCUUACGGGUUUCCGGCGCCGAGGCUGUCGUGGCUGCCGCAUCUCCAUUCAUCGGUCAGGGUGAAUCGGCAAUGUUGAUCCGGCCGUUUGUACCACAUCUGACGUUGGCCGAGAUCCACCAAGUCAUGACUUCGGGAUUUGCUACCAUUGCCGGGUCUGUUCUGGUGGCAUAUAUUGGUCUUGGGCUGAACCCUCAAGCCCUGGUGUCUUCCUGCAUUAUGUCGAUUCCGGCGUCACUGGCAGUCUCCAAGAUGAGAUAUCCCGAAACAGAAGAGACCAUCACUUCGGGGCGUGUUGUGAUCCCUGAUGAUGACGAACAUAAGGCAUCGAAUGCUCUCCACGCCUUUGCCAAUGGUGCUUGGCUCGGUAUCAAGAUCGCCGGCAUGAUCGUCGCGACCUUGCUUUGCAUUAUCGCCUUGAUCGGGUUGAUCAAUGGUCUUCUUGGUUGGUGGGGAAGAUAUAUCAAUAUCACCCAGGACGGCGACCCGUAUCUCACUCUGCAGCUCAUUCUGGGCUACAUUUGUUAUCCUGUUGCCUUCCUUCUCGGCGUGCCUAGAGAUGAUCUUCUUCAAGUCGGUGAGCUCAUUGGAAUCAAGGUCAUCGCCAACGAGUUCGUCGCCUACAACUCACUCACCUCCGAGCAAAAAUACAUCGACAUGAGCCCUCGCUCGAGACUGAUUGCCACGUAUGCCCUUUGCGGCUUCGGCAAUUUUGGAUCGCUGGGUACCCAGAUCGGCGUUUUGUCCCAAAUCUCUCCUUCGCGAACCGGCGACGUCUCGCGUGUAGCUCUGUCUGCCUUGUUCUCCGGCGUGCUGUCGACUCUCACCUCUGCUUCCAUUGCCGGUCUCCUGGUCACUGAUCAAGCGACGCUUGCGCAGCAGACAUAG